AAUUCCCAUGAAAAAGACUGGCACACAAUUCUUGGUAUUGAGGUAACGUAAGAAACAUGGAAUUGCCUGAAGCUUUUGCAGAUUGUUUUUUCUAUAGAUUUCUUUGUCCAAUAAGUGUACUCUUUGUUACUUUAUAUCCCAACUUUAAUAUUGUCUUAUAAUUCAUAUUCUAUGUUCCAUCAGGGGCUGAUUUAACGCCAUGUUGUGUCUUUUGAUGUGUUCUUGGUGGCAGCGUGAGAUUUUGGAUUAUUAACUGAUAGGCAUGAAAACCAAUGCGAAGGUUUUAAACAGGACAUCUUCAGUCACUAUGUUAUUUAACGUUUACAUGUUUUACUUGAGUUGCAGGUCUCCCUGGUUGCUCAAAAAAAAUUAGUAUAUUAUUGUUUAGGUGUUUUAGGGGAAUGCAGACGAGUGUCGCACACCUAAAAUGAGCACGGACAGCUCUGGCCUGCAGUGUAAAUUCAUGUGUUUGUCACUCUGCACUUCUACUCGUUUUUGGCUCCUGGUGUUUUUGUGAAUAUUGUAGUAAGUUUGGGGUUUACAGAGUUUUCGGUAGCACACAUGGCCAGGUGAAUGAACGGUCACUGGGCCUGGGCCAUGGUGAGAAAUAGCUGACAAACACAUGUUGUGAUGUAGUUUAAGAUUAAAAGAUCUGUAGAUUUGAUUUCACAUUCUAAAUAAGAUAUAAGGUAUUGUUUGUCAGCUCUCAUAUGUUGACUUCAUUAUUAGUGAUACUAAUUUACCAAAUUUUACAAAGAGCUUUUUAAUGACGUGGUUUUCUCAUGUGUGGUAAGUUUUAGCCUCUAGCCUGACCAUGUAAUUAGAAGAUAACUGUCAAAGGCAGGGUAAUGGAUCAUACUCUAUCUGUGCUUAAUGUGCCAGGUGCUUGUGGUGUGUGCUGAUGUUGAAAAUAUUUUGCUUUGCUUCCUUACUGGCUUACCAGUAGUGGUUCCAGUAGCAUAAAUUGUGGUACAGGCCUUUUCUUAGUGAGAGGAAGGUAUCUACGUGUUUUCCUGUGCUUUAUUCAGGCUUGAAGAACCUCUGCUGGUGUCACCCCCACAGCAAAACAGAUUUCUGGGUUACAGAACAAUAACUCAAGGAAUGGAGUGUCCUGGUUUUCUUGCUGUUUCCACCAUCUUCAGUGAUAUUUGUGCAUACUUAGUGACCUGCAUUUCAAAAAUACUGGUUUUAAGAAGAUAAAUUGAUGGAAGAAAUUAUUUCUGCGGGGAUCUGCUUUCUUCUAACACAGUAAAACAAAAUAUGGCAUUGCUCGGCUAACUCUUGACAAAAUUUGCAGUUAACAAAGAUAAUAUCAUCUUUGACAUUAACUGUACCACACACACACAAAUGCGCCAGAACUUGCUCUGCAGCUUUCGCUGACCUUCCUUUGACUCCAUGGGCCUUUCAGGAUUGUUCUGGGUCAUUUUGUUACUUUGAUUUCUAAAACAUUUUAACUAAAGAUGUGGUAGAUCUGGACUGAGGGGGAGAUUCUUAUGCUAGGGUUAAAUACUAUUUAUAAUGUGCAUUUGUAUUUCUAUUUAUAAAAUGCUAUUUCUAUUAGAUAGUGUAUUUCUAGUGUAGCUUAAAAAUGCUAUUUUCUAUUUAGUCCCAGAUUUUAGUCUGUUAUGGAUUAACAACAGGCAGCACUUCAGAGCAUUUGUCAAAGUUCAAUUCAAUGAGAGCCUGAAAGUUAAUAAAAAUUGUUUUGAAUUGAAUUAUUGAGAAUUAAUUCUAAAGCAGUCCUCAAAUAACUUCAAAAUAUUGUAAAUCCUGCAUUGACAUCAGUGCUGGGCUGGAAGAUGUUUAUGAGCACAGACUGUCAAGGCUCUCACUGAAUUCCAAAUAGGGUGGUUGUGAAAAUAGACAUUACAGUUUCAGAUAAAAUAAGACCCAAACUAGGUUUUCCUUCUACCAAAGAAUGGUACCUGGGAGUGGCACGUUUUCCCCCAAACCAAGGAUUCUACAUGGAAAAGCUUAAAAAAAUCUAGUGUAAUUUCAUGGUCUGAGUUGGAUGUCAGAACUUCAUAGGUCACUCUGCCUGUGGGCAACAUCCAGGUGCUGGUCUGGUUUUCAACAGAAACUUGGCGUGAAUAACUUCUCCAGCUUUGGUUUUCUUUCCUUAUCGUUUGUGAGUGAGUGACCUGCAGGGCAGGUGUGUGGAAAUGUUUUCUUAAGGCUGCACGAUGUGUAGAGGAACUUUUUGCAUAUUAGUACCUUCUAUGUGAUCGCAAGCACUAGCAGCCUUCUAAAACGUCCGUAAUCUGGAAGACGAAACUAGUUACUGAUGUUUUGGUGCGAGUUUCAGAGCUCACAUUUAAUAAUUUCUGUGGCUUUGAUGCCACAAAAAAUAGAUACUGAAACGUUAAAUGUGAAAAAGUUAAAUCUACAGAUCUGCAAGUAGUGUUCCAUGUACUAUAUAUGACUGAUAUUUGAUACCAAACCAUAGUCAUGGUGGUUGUUUCGUAGGCACAUUUGUGUGAAGACGCUACAUGCUUUAUUCACUUCUCAGUAAGAAGGCAGGAAGACAACACGCUUUGUGGAGAAUAUACUGAUUCUGUAAGAUAAGAUAAAAGAUAAGAAAAACUUGUGCAAAUAGUAGAAGGUAGACUAGAAAAACAAUAUUAGUCUGUAUACAUGGAAGAUGUGGUGCAUUUGCUAUAUGUUGUAUUUUAUUUGUAACUAAACUUCAGCACUAGUCAUUCACUGUGGGUGUCAAAUUCCCACCUGCAAUUUAAAGGAACUUCAGUAAUUUUCAUUUCUGCCUUUAGCAGUUAAAUGUUGUUGCUCAGCUUGCUGUGUUUCGCUCUACAUGCAGUUUCACUGUGUUUGUGAACUGAAACAAUCAGUCUGGAUAAUGGAUGUUUUGGGUGUAUCGUUUCUGAUAGAAAAGCAAACAGAGUCAUUCCAGUCUUUUAAGUUAAAUGUUUUUGUUCAUGGAGCAGGUUUAGGGUAGAUACAUCUUGGUGAAUAAACAGGUAUUUCUGUGGUGUAUAAUGUACAGGAUUUAUACUGUAUAACAUGUUGUAUUGAAAUGUUGCCUAAAAAUGUUUUCUGUACAUGUGGUGGAAGAAGAAUUAAAUUCUCCGGAAAGGGGAUUUUUUGUGAGUACAGCUGCAGUGAAAAUACACAUUUGUUAGGUAUGAGAAACCUGACAUGUCCUUGCCAAAGGCCUGGGUAAAAAACAUUUUCUAAGAGGUUCCUGGUGAUUUCUCCCUUGAGCUGGUGCGGAUCUGUAGUUUGCACUUGGAACGGCUCCCGCUGUCCCGCGUUGGGUGGCAGUUGGGAAUGGUGGUUGGUUCAACGCAGUUAACCUGGCGGGCACGGUUGGUUUGUGCAAUUAGUUGAAGUUCAGUGCUGGAAUAUUCAUUCAGUGUCUUUGGUUCAUGUUUUUUGUUCUGUUUCUGUUUCGUAAGCCCAGAGCCCUGCAGACAGCUUUAUGCAACCGAGGCUUUCAAGCUAUUUCAUUAAUUACAAAGCUUCUCAGAACACCAGCUCAGUAACGGUGCCAGAAACACUGUUGUUCGUCUCAACCCUUGAUGGGAGUCUGCACGCCGUCAGCAAGAGGACAGGGGCGAUCAAGUGGACGUUAAAGGAAGAUCCUGUACUCCAGGUGCCAAUACAUGUGGAAGAGCCAGCAUUUCUUCCAGACCCAAAUGAUGGCAGUUUGUAUACGCUUGGUGGCAAGAAUAAUGAAGGCUUGACCAAACUGCCGUUCACUAUCCCAGAGCUGGUGCAGGCAUCUCCCUGUCGCAGUUCAGAUGGGAUCCUGUACAUGGGUAAAAAGCAGGAUAUUUGGUACGUGAUUGACCUCCUGACUGGGGAGAAACAGCAAACCUUGACUUCCUCCUUUGCAGAAAGUCUGUGCCCCUCAGCAUCGCUCCUGUAUCUCGGGAGAACAGAGUACACGAUCACAAUGUACGACACCAAGAAGAAGGAGCUGCGAUGGAAUGCCACUUAUUUUGACUAUGCAGCUAGUCUGCCUGAUGAAGACAUAAAAUACAAAAUGUCCCACUUUGUGUCCAAUGGAGACGGGCUGGUGGUGACUGUGGACAGCGAGUCCGGGGACGUGCUGUGGAUUCAGAAUUACGCUUCUCCAGUGGUGGCUUUUUACAUCUGGCAGCGUGAGGGGCUGCGGAAGGUUAUGCACACGAACGUGGGGAUAGAAACUCUGCGCUACCUGACGUUCAUGUCCGGGGAGGUUGGACACAUUACCAAGUGGAAAUAUCCUUUCCCAAAGGAAACGGAGACCAAGAGCAAACUCACACCCACUCUAUACGUAGGGAAAUACUCCACAAGUCUGUAUGCGUCGCCAUCCAUGGUGCAUGAAGGAGUAACUGUUGUGCCCCGCGGCAGCGCCAUCCCCUUACUGGAGGGUCCAAAAACAGAAGGAGUCACGAUUGAAGACAACGGCGAGUGCGUCAUCACCCCCAGCACGGAUGUGAAGUUUUCGGGCAGACUGAAAGAAAAGAACAAACUGAGCUACUGGAACGACUGGCUUUUAAUAGGGCACCAUGAAACACCAUUGUCUGCUCCUACGAAGAUCCUGGAGAAAUUCCCAAGCAACUUACCUAAGAGGCCUGAAAAUGUGAUUCCAGCUGACUCUGACAAAGCCGCUAUUGAAGAGGUUAUUGACAUGGUUGAAGGGUCCUCGACAGACGUGCCUCCCGCUGCUCCCAAGGAUAUCGAGGAGAAACCUGCUCGGCCUGUCCCUCGGCCAGAGGCCCCCGUGGACUCCAUGCUGAAGGACAUGGCCACCAUCAUCCUCAGCACUUUCCUGCUUGUGGGCUGGGUGGCUUUUAUCAUCGCUUAUCCAAUGAGUGUACAUCAGCAGCAACAGAGGCAGCAUCAGCUGGAAGAGAAGAUCCAGCUCUUGCAGCAGCAGCAGCUGCCCUUCGGUGCUCCCAGCGACCUGCCCCCAGAAGCGGAUUUCUCGGACGCCUCGUGUGGCCGGCCAGAGAACUCGGCUGCCAGCACACCAAAUCUGUCCCCAAGAGCGUCAAACCAUUCUGCCUACUCCAGCGUCUCCACAUCCGACGUUGGGAGCUGCAUCUCCACUGAGCAAGAAGAGGGAGAUGAAGACGCAAACAGAGUGAUGGUUGGCAAGAUUUCGUUUAACCCAAAAGAUGUAUUGGGACAUGGUGCUGAAGGGACAAUUGUUUACAGGGGCACAUUUGAUAACCGUGAUGUUGCAGUGAAAAGAAUUCUUCCCGAGUGCUUCAGCUUCGCAGACCGUGAAGUGCAGCUGCUGCGCGAGUCCGACGAGCAUCCUAACGUGAUCCGCUAUUUCUGCACGGAGAAGGACCGGCAGUUUCAGUACAUCGCCAUUGAGCUGUGUGCUGCCACCUUACAGGAGUAUGUUGAACAGAAGGCCUUCAGUCACCAUGGCUUACAGCCCAUCACUCUCCUGCAACAGACAACAUCUGGUCUUGCUUACCUGCACUCCCUCAGUAUUGUCCACAGGGACCUGAAGCCCCAUAACAUCCUCAUCUCGAUGCCGAACGCCCAUGGGAAGGUCAAAGCCAUGAUUUCGGACUUUGGCCUAUGCAAGAAGCUGGCAGUGGGCAGGCACAGCUUCAGCCGGCGCUCGGGCGUGCCGGGCACCGAGGGAUGGAUCGCCCCAGAGAUGCUGAGUGAAGAUUGCAAAGAGAACCCCACAUACACCGUGGACAUCUUUUCGGCUGGCUGCGUCUUUUAUUACGUGGUAUCUGACGGCAGCCAUCCCUUCGGCAAAUCUCUGCAGCGGCAAGCCAACAUUCUGCUGGGUGCUUACAGCCUCGAGUCCUUCAGUGCGGGGAGGCACGAAGACAUAGUCGCUCGUGAUUUAAUAGAGCAAAUGAUAAACAUGGAUCCUCAGAAACGUCCGUCUGCCAGCUGCGUGCUGAAACACCCCUUCUUUUGGAGUUUAGAAAAACAGCUCCAGUUUUUUCAGGAUGUCAGUGACCGGAUAGAGAAAGAAUCUUUAGAUGGUCCAAUAGUCAAACAGUUAGAAAGAGGUGGAAGAGAAGUAGUGAAAAUGGACUGGAGACAGCACAUCACUGUUCCUCUUCAGACAGAUCUUCGAAAAUUCAGAUCCUAUAAAGGAGGCUCAGUCCGGGAUCUACUGAGGGCAAUGAGAAAUAAGAAGCACCACUACAGAGAACUGCCUCCCGAAGUGCAGGAGACCCUGGGCUCCAUCCCAGAUGAAUUUGUAUGUUACUUUACAGCUCGUUUCCCUCACCUGCUGCUCCACACCUACCACGCUAUGCGCAUCUGCUGCCACGAAAGACUGUUCCAGCAUUACUAUGAUCAGGACACUGCAGAGCUGAGCCUUGCGGGAGAUACUGUUUGAGAGAAGGAUGGAGCUUUCUGCUCUGGGACCAACUUUGCAAGCACAGGGCUGUGAAACAGGCCUGCCUUUAGCAGGGAAAAUGGGAUCAAAGAGCUGAAUUUUCUCUCUUUGAAGAAACCAAGCCUCCAAAAAGUGCCUUGUACCUCUGCCUGCGCUGGAUCAGGAGAUGGAAGGAGCCCAAGGGGCGAGCGGUAACUUCAGCAAAGCGAAGAACCCUGCUGCUGGACUUACUCCGAGGCAGUUUUCAGGACAGUGAAAACAGAGAGCAAAAGCUGGAUAUAACCAUCACCCAGUAUCCCUGUACUGUACGUGAUUUUACAACCGAUGUGUUUUAUCUCAAAGAAUCAAAAUACCGUGAUUGAAAUAAUGGAUUUACUAGGGACUGGGAUUUGCAAAAGGAACCUUUUAGUCAUAGCAAAUCAUCAGAACCUGCCAUUGCACUACUGGCACACGAUGCACUAGGCACCCCGCAGUGAUCGUAAAGGGAAUCAUGAUUAUCCAAAAAACUAGUAGAGUACAAUUUCUGCUUAAUUAGUACUACCCCAGAAAACUACUCUCUCACACUUGAGCAGGUAGAGUAAGUUCUAAAAAAUACUGACUUGAAAAAUCGGUUAAAGGUUUACCUACUUGGAAAAUAAGCCUCAUUGUUUAAAUAUGUACCAGCAUUCACAGAAGAGCUUGAACAGUCCUUGACUUAAAUCACAGUAUCAGAGCUACACAAGUAACUUCAGAACAAUCCCCUGAUGGCAGUUGUGAGAGGUUUCACACAAUCACAGGGUGUCCAGGGCUGGAGGGGCCCUGGAAAGCUCAUCCAGUGCAAUCCCCCCAUGGAGCAGGAACACCCAGAUGAGGUUACACAGGAAGGUGAGUCAUUAUCUACUGCAAGUGUUCCUUGUAAAAAGGGUUCCCAGAUAAGUUCUGGGGAAAAAGGAGUUAAAUAGGAAAUGAUGAGACAUACAGAACAGUGAAAGGAGAAGUCGUGUUUGUAACGGGUGCGAUAAAGCUGUAGAGGAACCCCAUUUUCUAUUUGUGUGGGUUGCUAAUGACAUCCAAGUGAGCCUGUGUUUUGAAGAUGCAGUAUUUCUUUUCAUCAGCCCUAGAGCUGUGACAAAGCAUUAAUUGUGCGCAAAGGGUGAAGAAAUGCUGAAUUCUAAUAUUAGUGGGGUUUUGUUUUGCAAUCUAUUUAUUUAACAUAUUUAUAUUUAUUUAAUUUUUACUACAACGUGGUAUCAAAUCCAAGUGGUACAAGUAUAACACAUGCCAAAUCAUUCUUAAUUGGGGUUGUGUCUCUAUUUAAUCAUACCAACUGGCAGAGGAAAGUGAUACUGCAUCUUACAAUGAAAUUAUUAAAGGAAAACCUACAAAAUGGGAAUUUGUAUGACUGUGCCAUUGUGUCUUAAAGUAAUAAAUUAUUGACAGUAAUGCGUGUGAUUGGGUAUGUACAGCUACUUUUCUGAAGAUACUUUAAGGGAAGUUUUUUUUCCCUAGUUUUGCAAUGUAUGAGAGCAAUUUACCUAAGAUGCCAACUGUGCAAGUUACAUGUUUCUAAAGCUUGAAAAAAAAUAACGGUAGUUUUUACCUGAGAAUAUUCAAAGCUUAUUUCAUAUUUUUGUAAUGUAAUUUUAUAAAUUCACUAAAUAAAGACUUGUACUCAGAUGAAAAAACA